AUGGCCGCUACAUCCACGGAGCAGCGUGAGCUGCAACUGGUAGAAAGCGUCGAGUUUAAGAUAUUGGGUGUUGCAAACAAGGAAGAUAAGCUGAACCAGCUGCUACAGCGGUAUCUGGUGCCCUUAAUCCUGAAGGCGGCGAGCGAUCACGCCGCGGUCCGCGCGAGGGUUAUCCAAAUCCUUGCACGUCUGAAAACUUUUAUUCAGUCUCCAGAGAUUGUGUUGCCAGUCAAAGCACUGCUGCAACAAUACAAAUCCACGGAUUCUGGCGUCAUUAAGCAAUUGGACCUGUCCUUCAUAUUACACAGUCUAGACAGACUCGACGUGGACGACAGAAGGAACCUCGUCUCGGUUGCAUUGGCAGGUUUUGCGCUGGAUGAGGGACAACCGCGGGCGGCAACCAUGUUCAACAUCGUUCUCAGACUCCUGCUGGAUUUUCGCAUACCUCCUCGAGGGAGCAAGGACGAUGAGACUUUGAGAACCGCCAUUGGUCUUGGAGACGAUGCUGAUGCGCAAUCUCUCGCCAGAGCCAUUGGCAUCUUUCUGCGUCUCAGGACACCAAGCAACUCGGGACAAAAUUUAGCACAAUCGAAUCCAGCCCUGUCUCGAACGGAACUGAGUCUCUUUCCUGCUGAGUCUCCUGAGAACGAGAAGAUAUUCAAACGAACCACGGAACUGAAAUCCAAGUUGGUCACACUACUGGCCAGCGGAGCUUUCAAAGACGAGGAGCGGUUUCUCCCUGCGCUGUUUGCCGCAGCAGGCCCCGACAAUAGAGUGGCCUCUACAGCAGAGGAGAUUAUCAAAAGAAGCACUGUUUCCAUGGAGGACGCGGACCUCGUGCAACGUCUAUUUCGAGCACAUUCUCAUCUUCCAGCGCCAUAUCGUGCGCGUAUUCUGUCAAUCUUGUCCAAGUCAACCCUUGCCACCGAAAAGUCUGAUAGCAUAAUGGCUGUCGUGAAACUGGACUUCUUGCCGCAGACUGCUGAUAGCACUUCUUCCCUGCAGCCGGCCAGUGUCCUCGAGAGAACAAAGCUACACAAGGCUCUUUUUCAGUUCUUAUCGUGGGUAGCUCAAGUAGGCCCAGCAAGGUCAGAAUUCACUAUUGGGCCGGCCCUCAUCCGCGCCAUGCGGUCUUACAUCGAGAGCCAGGGAUGGCCCGUUCCGGAGCAGGCAUCACACGACGAUGUCGCUUUGCGAAGCAGAGCCUACGAAACUAUCGGCAUGGUAGCACGAAGCGCAGAUCUGCCAGCCAAAGAGCGCUUCGAUCUCGGUGCUUGGCUCUUCCGCUCCCUGUCAGAAGACAACACCGGGGAGGCUGUUGUCAAUAUCGAUGGGGCACUUUCGAGCUUAGCGGCAGCUAUUUCUCCCAGUGUCGGCGGCGCUGAUUCUGAACUGAAGAAAAUGCUUCUGACGUACAUGUCACUACCCGAUGCAGCGCCUGCUGUUCGAAGUACCAGACACGCCGCUGUGAAGUGGGCGAACCAGUGCCUCCCGUUCUCGGACGUCGUUGCUCGUUGGAUCUGUAUCUUGGCUAUUGCGGGUAGAAAUAAUGAGCGUAACGACGUCAUUGAACAGGGACAAAAGGGGCUGGACCCGUGGACGUAUUUUGCACAUACCGACACAAGCCCGCAACUACCUGACUGGAAAGAAAUGAUGACUACGUACUUCGGCCUAGCCAUUGAGCCACAUCUUCGCAAUGAGCAGCAAGGAAAUUCUCACAGUGUCGUUGUUCCAGACAAGGCCGUAUUCCAAAACUUCCAAGGAUCCCGUCUUGCGGCUUUUCCAGUAGCUCUUCAGUAUUGCAAAAAAAUGAUGCUCCUCGCAGCUCUUCAUGACUUUGAUAUCAAACCGGACUGGAUGCAGAUACUGGAUGCGCAAAUCACGACGGACGUAGCAACAAGGGACAGGGCACGCGGAUAUCUACGGUCCGUUGACAGUGGUUACAUCGUCUUCUAUCUUAAAGCUUGCUUGGAGGGCGCAUUCAUAGAAGGCUCAUCCAUCGUGGAAGAGUGUCUUAGGUGCUUUGUUCAGAUGGCCACUUGGAGCCCUGGCGGCCCACUGGGCUAUCUCACGGAUACAAGUACGAAUUUGUUACCCUUGAUUAAGUCAAACAACAGAGAGAUUCGGUCGUUGGCCGCAAGAGCCCUUGGGGUUCUUGUAGCUCACCCAGCCAAUGAUGCCGACUCUGUCAGUCACUGGGCUAUGGCUCUACAGUCGUCGUUUGCAAACGCGGAAAGUCUGGUUGGUACCGAAGCAAAUGCUGCUGAGGGAUCCUUGCUUGCGUUCAGUCAUUUGAUAUCGCGGUCUGUGUACUACGACCGUCCAUUCUCUGCACCUACCGAAUACCCAUUCCAUCUGUUAGUGAAGGAGGCAGUGCAUAAAUCUCUCAACGACUCAGCUCUGGAAGCCUUUUCUCAGCUAUGGGUCGCUAAACUGGCAAUUCCCCCCAUGGAAGGGGAGCACUCGUUAGCAAAAGUUAUCGAAAAGCUGACCUCGGAAGCAAAGAAGGCCAACGAGAAAGCAAUUAGAGCGCUGGGGAGUCUCGCCACAGGAUUGGAGGCAGAUGGCAGUAAUCAAGCAGGAGGGGAUGCAUUUACUGGUGCCCUGGGAGACAUUCUCAAAAGUUUGUUCUCCCUUCAUGAAAUCAAGCGAGUCGAGGUCCAAUUCACUGUCGGCGACGCUAUUACGGCCGCAGUAGCGAGAUGGGAUUCCAAUAGCGUCAAGCUAAGGAUGGAUGUUGAAGCUAGAAACCCGGCUAGCUUUGCAGGCGCUCGAGGACCUCUCAUUGAAGCAGCGCUGAAAAAGCUCUUGCAAGAUGCCAAAGCUACGAAGCCAUCUUUGCUGAAGGCUUCCGGCAUUUGGCUUUUCUCUAUUGUGCAGUUCAGUUCCCACCUUUCCGAGGUGCAGUCACGACUUCGGGAAAUACAAGCAGCCUUCAUGAGACUUUUGAGCGCAAGAGACGAGCUUGUACAAGAGACAGCAUCUCGCGGGCUGUCAUUGGUAUACGAGCGUGGUGACGCAGAGCUCAAAUCGGCGUUGGUUAAGGACCUAGUCUCCGCCUUCACUGGUAGCGGAACCCAACUCAAGGUAGAGGAGGAGACCGAGCUAUUUGAUCCGGGGGCGUUACCUACAGGCGAGGGCAACUCUGUCACCUCGUACAAGGAUAUUGUCAAUUUGGCCAAUGAAGUCGGAGAUCAACGGCUGGUUUACAAGUUCAUGUCCCUUGCUGCCAAUGCAGCUACUUGGUCUACCAGAUCCGCGUUCGGUCGAUUUGGGCUCAGCGAUAUUCUGUCCGAAUCAGAGGUUGAUCCGAAGCUGUUUCCCAAGUUGUAUAGAUAUCGAUUUGACCCCAACGGAAAUGUCCAGCGGUCAAUGGACGAUAUUUGGAAAGCUCUCGUCAAGGAUUCAAAUGCUACCAUUGAUCAUCACUUCGACGCAAUCAUUCAAGACCUCUUAAGAAGCAUUCUGGGGAGGGAGUGGCGAGUCAGAGAAGCCAGCUGCGCGGCCAUCUCUGACCUUAUUCAGGGUCGACCAUUCCGACAGUACGAAGAGUAUUAUCGGGAAGUAUGGACCUCGGCAUUGAAGGUUUUGGAUGAUGUCAAGGGCAGUGUAAGGGAAGCUGCUUCGCGACUCUGCAUGGCGUUAUCGAAUGGGCUAGUUCGACAGUUGGAAGAAGGCAACCAUGCCGUUGCUGCAAAGGCAAUGAUGCAAGAAGCUCUUCCGUUUUUGCUAUCAGAUAAGGGUAUCGAGAGUACGGUGCAGGACGUCCAAUUAUUCGCUACCGUUACCGUUAUGAAGAUUGCCAAGCACGGCGGUAAUGCGCUCAAACCCUUCAUUCCGGACAUGAUUCCGCGGCUCCUCGGCUUACUGAGCACAAUUGAACCGCAGCAGAUCAACUACGCCUAUCAGCGUGCUGGCUUAGAGAGUCGGGACCAGAUUGACAAGAUACGGUCGCAGAUGGUGAACCAGUCUCCGAUUUCAGAGGCAAUUGAAAAUUGUCUCCGAUUCGUCGACCCUGAAGUCAUGACAAACUUUGCUCCAAAAUUUGAGGCUACAAUUAAGAACGCGAUUGGGAUGCCGACGAAGAUAGGAUGUAGCAGGGUCAUCACAACACUUGCUACUCGUCACAGCAAUGAUACCCAACCAGUUGCGGCCAAAUUGUUGCAGAUUUUGGAGAAGCAGACGAUGGAUAAGAACGAUGAAGUGAGCCAGGCAUAUGCCAGAGCAUCCGCCUACAUGAUACGGGCCGCUCCCGAUGCGUCCAAGGUCCGAUUUUGCGAGCGUUACGUUGACAUGUAUUUCCGAGCUGAGGAUGAAAGCCGGCGGCAAAAGGUUGCAGACGUAAUUGUUGCCGUGGCCAAGGUGUCGCCUGAUCACUUCACUGCCCAGGAAACGCAGCUUUUGCCUUUUGCGUAUCUCGGUUCUCACGAUACUGAUGAAUACACGGGGAAAGUGUUCCAAGAGGUCUGGAACCAACACGCAGGAAGCAGUCGUACUGUCACGAGAUAUGUACGAGAAAUCGUCGGCCUCGCAGAGCGCUGCCUGGAAACCCCCCAGUGGGCCAUCCGGCACACAGGAGCGUUCACCGUUGCUGCAAUGGUAGCUGAUGUGGCCAAUGCUAGCGAAGUCACGGGGGCCAUUGACGAGGCCAAUCUGAAGGCUAUCUGGCCAUUAUUCGAUAAGACUUUGGCUUUGAAAACAUUUCCAGGGAAGGAGAAACUACUCGACUCGUACCCUCUAUUCGUGGAACGGGGUGAGACUCUCUGGGACAAGGACAGUGUGGUCUCCGUGCAGAUGAAGAAGAUUGCCAUUAGAGAAGCAAAACGCAACAACGACGAAUACCGACCCUUCGCCUUCCGCUGCCUCUGGAAGUUUGCCAAGGCUCGUCCCGACCUAGAUAUGCUAAAGGAAAUCGCCGACAUCACUUUGCCAUACCUCGAAGAACAGCAGGAUGAAGACAAGAUGGACGUAGAUUCCAAAGAGAAUAAGAAGGAAGACCUCGACUCAAAGACAGCCAGGAACGCCUUUGAAGCCAUUGCCAGAGGAUACAGCCGCUCCAAGACAAUUGACAUUCGUGUGUCGCUUGUGGACGUCAUGCGUAUCUUGAAACCUCAUCUUGCUUCUGCGAGGUUCGACUUCAUCAAGAGAGAAAUAUGGUACGAGUGUGUGCAUGACCUCAUGGUGGAUGCUGCAAAAUUUACAGACAUUAUGGAUUCACCACGCCUGCCGUCUGAAGGCUCGGGGAUACUUGCUGCUUACACGGCGAGCCUGGAUGUUGACAGAGGAGAGACGGGCACAGAAUCCCAGCGAGCGCAGAGAGUUCAAGCACUAUCCAAGAUACUAGAUGCGAGGUCCAGGGGUGUAUUUGGGAAGGCGGAUCUGCCGGGCUCGCUGGAGAAUGAUGUCAAGAGCGCUCUAGAGGAGGAGAGAUCCAUCGACGUGCAGAGGGCGUGGAGGGAGGUUUUGGGGCAGAUUCACCAAGCUCAAAGCUGA